AUGACAAAGGCAGAACGUCGUGCACUUCAAGAACAGCAACGUGCUGCCAAGGAAAAGCAGCGUGCUGCGGCUGGCUUGCCCACAAAAUCAGGAAAGCCACCUGCCGAUAACGAGUCAAAGAAAUCAAGUGCUGCUAACAAUAACAAUAAUGCAAAUACCAAAUCAGUUGCUCAAUCUGGGGAUGGUAAACAAAAGAAGAGUAAGGGACAACAGAAUCAGGUGCCUUGGCUUCUUCAUUUGGAUACACCUAAACGUCCAGAGGCCAGCAAAGAUCUUCAUCCCGCCGUACUUCAGCUCGGCUUGUAUUUUGCUGAACACAAGAUUGUCGGUUCCAAUGCUCGAUGUGUUGCUAUGCUCGAAGUCUUUUCAAAGGUCAUCGCGGACCAUAAACCACCCUCAGAUGCUGCAUUUUCAAGACAUAUUCAGAAACACUUGGACCCUCAUAUCGCUUACCUCUUAAAUAUCCGACCUAUGUCAUUGAGUAUGAGAGAAUGUAUUCGUUGGCUAAAGAAGGGAAUGGCAGACAUUGUCGAGCACGAUCCUCCAUUGAACGACGACGAUGCGCGUGCACAACUGAUCGAACGUAUAGAACACUUUAUCCGUGAACGUAUUACGAUGGCAGAUAAAUUGAUCGUCCAGAACGGUCUGCAAAAGAUCCAUGAUGGUGAUGUGAUUUUGACUUAUGCUAAAUCAUCUGUGGUCGAAAACUUGCUGCUUGAGACAAAGAAAAAAGGAAUCGAUUUCAAGGUUAUUGUGAUCGAUAGUCGUCCGUUAUUUGAAGGUAAGCAUUUGCUCAGACGACUGGUGGCCGCUGGUAUCGAUUGUUCCUACCACUUGCUCUCAAGUGUCUAUAUUGCCCUCAAAUCAGUGACCAAAGUCAUCAUGGGCGCACACGCCUUACUCAACAAUGGUGCUGUCUACUCUCGUAUUGGCAGUUCCAUGGUAGCGAUGGCAGCCAGUGAUAAGCAAAUCCCUGUCAUGAUUUGUUGUGAGACCUAUAAAUUCGUCAAUCGUACACAAGUUGAUUCGUUUGUGCUGAACGAGUUAGGAAACCCUGAUGAUUUGGUAAAUACUGGCUUAAAGCAAGAAGAAGCUGCCCUAUCUUCUUGGAGAGACCAGCCUGACCUUCGACUGCUGAAUCUCUUAUAUGACGUGACUCCUUCUAAAUAUAUUUCCUUGGUUGUUACCGAAGUGGGUCUUAUUCCAUGCACAUCUGCUCCAGUCGUAAGUGAUUUAUUUAUCUUUAGCAAUGAAGAAAUCAGAUUAACACUCUUUACUCUUAUUAGAUCUGGCGUGAAUACAAGUAAGCCUUUUAUUCAUUUUCCGUAUAUUUAUUAA